AGGUCGAAAAUGGCCGACAAUGAGUGCAGAGGCAACAGCUGCGUUUUUAAUAAUUUCCCGGGCAAGGAGACGCCCAAAAUGGAAGAUUCGUUAAUUAAGAAAAAAGACUCGGCAGGUCUGGGGUUCUUCCAGUACACCCAGAACGGGGAAAUUGUAGUUAAAAAGGCUGACAGCGUUUGGGUCCUUGUCGUUCAUUACACCUUCGAACGCAAAGAAAACCUUCCUGAACACCUCGCAAAACACUACGAGGGAAUUGCUCGGAAUGGCGACGCCGAGGACGUGCAAAACCUGAGACAUUCCUUCCAAGUGAAAAGAAAUUGCAACUUCCGGGAUCUCUUAUCUCCAGAGAAAGACUUUCUGCUUCGAUUGCUCAGUGACAGACAGCAGCUCUUAAAAUAUUUCGAUUGCAAAGACGAUCCGACUGUUUUCCUGCUGUUCUUUCUCUCUCACGGAACUGAAGAGGGCGUUAUUUCCACCGACCACUGGAGCGAAGAAAUAAACAAUUUCGUUUGCUUUAACACAGAGGACAUCUUCCAGUCACUGAAAAAGCUGGAAAAUUUUGACAAAUGUCUCAAACUCGUCAACUUUGGCUCUUGUCGCGGAUUGCUGGCCGACGUGAGAUUCACGAAAUCAAACCAUUUCGACGAAAAGUACGAGAACAGAAAUUCGUGCCGCAUCACAUUCCAACCGAAAAUGCACAACCUUGUCGUUUUCUACUCGACAGUCGAGACGACAAUGGCGAAUCGGAACGAAAAAUCCGGCUCCUGGUUCGUGAGGGCCUUCUGCAACGUGCUCGACUCGAUCGACGAGGACUGCCCGCUGCUCAAGCUCCUCACGAUGGUCCAGUGGAAAGUGCACAUCGAGUCUCAGGGCAUCCACCUGAGCGCGAAAAGAAAGGGCUUGGCCGGCCAAACACCAGAAGCGAAACUCUUCUCGCAGGACGCCCUCUUUUUCUUCUCCAAAGCCGAGACUCCGGAAAUUCCUUGUAGCCAGCACGAUGCGAUUGGAAACACGGAAGAGACUCCAAAAAACCCAGAGUUUUACUCGUGGGAGUCGGACGCUGGACGAAACAUCAGAGGUCGCCACGCUUUCCUCGUGUAUAAUCAUCUCAGUGAAGAAACGCAAGAAAUUAAAAAAACUCUGAUGCACAGUUUGAAUUUUGAAACAAGCGAAUGGCAACUCGGCAGAGACGCGUUCAAACUGUUGUUUGACAAAGCUUCUGAGUUGGAGCAUGACAUUGGCUGCGUUUUGACCUGCAUAUUUGGCAGAGUGAAGGAAAACGAGAGGAAAGAAAUCUGCGUGCUCGUGCAGAAUGAAGAAAAACCAAUCACGGACAUUUUGCACUACUUCAUCGGUCCGAAGAACGAGAAGUGGAUCGGAAAACCCAAAAUCCUGUUCCUAAUCGAUAUCAGCGACGAGGAGGAGCUAUUACACGACGAUUUUUCGGCCGCUGAAAAUGAAUUUGAAUUCAAAGUAUCGGCUACGAACCACAGUGGCUGGUUCGUUCUAAUAUUGAGAGACAAAGGUGAUUUCAAAAAGUUGGUCGAUAUCUUAAAAGGUGACGAGCUCAAAAGGGGAAAAUGCUUGCAAGACUUACUCCCGCCGCUCCUUAUCUCAAAACCCGGAACAGAAGUAAAUGUUUUUCUAAACUCAACGCUGCAAUACCUGCUCGACUUUCCAGACUGGCCGAGGUCCUUCGUCAAACCGAAUUUCACGCUUGCAAGCUCUGAAGAACAACCUAAAAUUAAUUUGGAUUUCGACAAGUUGAUGGAAGAAAUAAACAACUCUGUGAAAGAAAGCAAAUUUUGGCUUUUGAGUGCACUUGCUGGAGCGGGAAAAACGACUGUGCUCAAGGAAAUUGCUUUCCAACUCGCGAAAUGCUAUCCGCACACCAAAAUUUUGCGCGUUUCGCUGGAGAAACACACUAAAUUCUUCUCAGACAAAUACGAAGUAGACGAGAUAGAGUUCCUGGCAAAUACCACUCAAAACAGGCCGAAAGAAAUCGAAAAUUGGAUUGAACAGAAGAAGGUGAUCGUUGUCCUCGACAGUUUUGACGAAAUAUGCACGAAUCACCAAAUGGAAGUUCUCGAAUUGAUCAGAGCUUUGAAUGCGAGGGGGACAACACUGCUGAUCGGAACCAGGCCUCACGAAGUGGAGAUGAUCAAAGGAAGCGCGCAAACAGCACUGCUCCUCGACAUCCAGCCCCUGAACAAAGCAAAGCAACUCAACUUCUUGCAGUGUGUAGCAGGGAAGGAAAAGGACGAAAGCGAGCGCCUGCUCAGCGUCUUCAAGAACCAGGACGUUCUCGGGAACCCUCUGCACCUCUCUCUGCUCGCCCAGACCGACGGCGACGGCAACCUGUACCAAAUUUAUGACAAAGUGAUGCAGUUGAAAGUGCAAUCGUACUUGGUGAAUGACGGAUACGACAAGACUCACCCAAAGUUCGUUUGCAGAGUAGAAAAUUGUUUGAAAACCCUUCGACUGAUUGCAUUUCGGGUCGUCAAAGGACUCGAUCCCGUCGGACCGGGAGUGAAAAGGAAAGACGUGGACGAGAUGAACUGCAUUGGAGUGGCCAACGUUGUGAACGAAAAAGUCACUUUUUUACAUCAGACUUUCGCAGAGUUCCUCGCCACGCAGCACUUGUUGAAGGCGAAUGGCCCUUUGGACUCUGAAUUGUUUCUCAAGAGCAACAUGCGGCAGUGCACAAUGUUCCUGGACAUGUUCUACUCCACUGUGGACAGCGAGGAAGACAUCAAGUCUCACACAAAGAGACUCUUGAGCUCCGCACAGUCACUUUCGACACAAAGUCUAAUUGCUCUAAUCUUAGAGGGCAAUCUGAAACAGGUUUUCCAGAUGGUGAAAACCAGUAUUUCCUUUUCUGAGGAGCAAAGUGCCUCCGUUGACGUGUUGAUCAAGUCGGUUGAGCGUGAAGAAAUCGCCAUCGAACUGUUGGAAUUGGGAAUAUUCGACAAAGCAAGCGUCGAGAUUAUGCUGCCAGAAUUGAUGCAACAAAUCGAGAACAAUAACGCGUGCAAGUUUUUUGAUCGGCUGCUGGUGACGUUUUCACAUUUGCCAGAGUUGAUCAGUAAAAUAAGACUGGGAUUGAAUGCGGUGCGAAGGGGCCACUUUGAAAUUCUCGACUUGCUGUUGCAAAAAGGAAUCUUAUCUUUUGCUGAUUUCGAUGAAAUGAAAAUACUACUUCGCCUGGCUUGCAAAUUCGGAAGUGUAAAGUGCCUUGAGGUUCUGCUCAAACACGGAGGAAAAAAGGAAAUAUGCGAAGACCCUCUGCAUUGGGCCGUGGAAUUCGGACAAAUGGAGAUUGUGAAAUUUCUUUUAGAAGAAAAGGUCAGCGGAUUGAAUCGUGAUGACGAGACUUUCGUAAUUGAUGGGAUGCUGGAUGAAGACUGGAAUGCUUUCCAUCAUUCAAUUAACCACGGAAGAAUAGAACCAGCAGAAUAUUUGAUUUCAAAAAGUAAAACUUUGAUAGAAAUCAAAACCAAAGACGGAAAGAGUCCUUUGCAACUAGCUGCCGGCAAGAGAAAGUGGGAAAUGCUGCUUUGGCUGCGAGAUAAAAACGCCAACUUGAACACUCUUAUUCCGAGUGCCGUGAGGAAAUUUUGGACGGAACGUGAUCGCACCGAAUACGAGCAUUUCUUGAUGCUUCAAAGUGACGUCACGAAGAAGGACGAGGAAGGGAAAAGUCCUCUCCACUGCGCCGCCAAACACGGAUACUACCACUUGGUCCGCGAGCUAAUCGCUGCCGGUGCUGAAGUCGCAGCCAGAGACGAAAACGGGUGGAAUGCCAUGCACUUCGCCUGUCACUCACCCCGAGGCAUCAAGACAAUCAAACUGUUGCACAGCGAAAACCCUUCCUUGGCGACAGAAAAGACGAGCGAGGGGAAAACUCCGUUGCAUCUUUUGCUCGAGAAUGGCGACGAUCAGGGCGAUAUCACUCGUUUUCUGGUCCAGCACGCUGGAGUCGAUGUCAACGUUCAGGACUGCCGAGGUAGCUCAGCCGUCAGCAUCGUUCAAGAGAGAUUCUUCCCCGAUUCGAUCAAAACAUUAAUUUUGGAUAGGUACUUUAACCCCUCCAUCAGGGUUAGCCUUCCCGACCAACCUGACCAGGUCGAUGCGAUGUAUAAGAAGAGCAACGAAGCCCUGGAAAACGAGAACAGGCUCUUGCAUGCGUGCCAAUCGAAAAAAUGGGACGAGGUGCGAGAAUUGCUAUCAAAGCACUUCAAUGUGAACGUGCAAAGCAUGGACGGAAGAACUGCAUUGCACCACGUGGCUGAAUCAGGAAGUUUGACCUUGGGGCAAGAGCUGCUCAGCCUGGGAGCUGACGUCAAUUCCAAAGAUCGCAACGGCACGACAGCUCUGCUUGAAGCCACUCAUAGAAAUUGCCAAGAACUGCUUCAAACUCUGCUCGAUCAUGGCACCGAAACCAAUCUAGAAAACGAACACAGAGUGACCGCUCUCCACGUUGCCGCUUACAAUGGUUAUUCUGAGUCGGUGCAAAAGCUCCUGAAUUCAGGAGCCAAAGUGGAUUUGCAGUGCGAGUACGGAUGGACCGCUUUGCAUCUGGCCGCGAGUCGAAAUAACGCUGACUUGGUACAAAUUCUUAUCGCUCACGGCGCUGACGUCACCAUCAAAGACCGGAAGGGCUUGACAGCCAUGGAUUACGCCGUAAGAGGGAAUUGUUUAGAGUCAGUGAAGAGGCUGAUCGAGCUAGAUCCCGACAGAUUCUGGACCAAAAUACUCAAACGGACCAGCGUGCAAGUAUUUGAGGGAGAAAAUUGUCCAGCCAUGAGCGGCGAUGAAGACGACGUGGACUCGAGCUCAAGAAUUCCUCUACCCGUGACCGCAGGUUGUCGCAAAUUAUUGGAAAAGCUACUCGAGCUUGGCGCUGACGUGAAUUUAAAAACAACAGAAGGAUUCAAAGCGUUGUUUUUCGCCGUGAAAGAAAAUGAUUUGGAAUUGAUGCUGAAGCUGCUCGAGCACGGCGCCGACGUCAAUCAACAGGAAAAAGACGGAUCGACCGCUCUGCACCUAGCAGUCUCUAAAAAUCAGCACGAGUGCGUGCAAUUGCUGCUUGACUAUGGAGCCGAUGUAAAUUUGAAGAACAACAAAGGAAUGAUCCCUCUAGACCUAACCAAAGAGAUGAAUUGUCCAGAUAUAACGGAGAUGCUUCUCAGCCACAGCCAAGAAGAAACCAAUUUGAAACAAUCCGGAUGGUCGAGCCUUUUGCAAGAGGCGAUAAAAUCUCUUGACAUUCAAGCAGAAACCAGUUCUCUCCAUCUUGCCGUCCUUGAGAACAAUCCAGAGUUGUUGCAAACUCUUUUGGACCAAGGCUUUGAUGCGAAUUCGAAAACGAGCCAAGGAUGGACCGCUCUGCAUGUCGCCGUGUGGUCUAACAACUUGCAAAUGGUGCGAAAAUUAAUUGAGAACGGCGCCCAAUUGUUUCUGGAUGACGAAAGAGAAAUCAAUAUUUUGCAACAUGCUCUGGAGAACUUGGAAAUGAUCAGGUUCCUCCACGGCGAAGACAAAGAUGUCACCUCUUUGCACCUGGCAGUGAAAAACAGUGAACAUCCGCUCAACACGAUUGUUGCUCUGGUUGAGGAAUUCAACGACGUCAAUCAAAACGGCGAAUCAGCAAUCCUCCGUGCCUGCAGGCGAGGAAAGUGGAACAUUGUUGAUAUCCUGUUGACCAAGAAACUGAACGUCAGCAUCAAAGACCGCGACGGGAAAACUGCUCUGCACUAUGCCGCACGUUCGGGAAAAUUGGAUUUGGUGAAGGAGCUUGUCGAGCGAGGGGCCGACUUGACUGUGAAGGACGACAAGGGAUUGAACGUGCUGCAACAUGCCCUGAAACACUUUGAAACGGUUUUCUUCCUUCACGAAUUGAAUGGGGAGCUGAUCAAGGAAGAGUUGAAAGACGGAAGCACCAGUUUGCACGUGGCCAUUACUCGAGGUUCACUCCAAGUGAUUCGUUUUCUGGUCGACGAAAUAAAAAUCGAUCUGGACAAAAGCAACGACAGCGGAUUGACUGGCCUCGUGCUUGCCUGUCGGAGGAAAAUGUGGGUGGUGGUUGAGCUUUUGCUGGACAACAACGUGGACGUCAGCAAAGCGGACCGAGCAGGCAAAACGGCUCUGCAAUACGCAAUGGAAUCGCAACGGUUGGACUUGCUGCACAAAAUUGCACCAUUCGAGGCUUUCAAAUGAUAUCAUUGUUAUAUUUUAUCUAAUUUAAUUUUAUAAAAAAUAAUCUGGACAGCAAGAAUUGGGUUUUUAAAUCUACUUAUUGGGUUAAAAAAUAAUAAGAAUUUCAAGUGCUCAGAAAAUCAUAAAUUUUAAAUUAUAGGACCAAUUGUUUCAUGUACCAAUUCCAAAUAAA